AUGAAUAGGUCUCAAUCCCCCUUAAAUGACAGUCGGAGUCAUAGUGCAUCCAAAAGGUAUGUCUCUCCACAUGAAAGACAGAACACUCAAGAGAAUGAGCAAAAUCAUAAGAAAUUGCCACCUACUUAAUAAGUCAAAUCUAAAAUAAUUAACGUUGACCAAUCUGAUAUUGGCAGUAUCUUAGGAGAAGUCAAUAUUAACAACACUAGUAAAAUGUCCAACAUGACUUAAUUUGCGAAUUUCAUGUAUGUUCCAUGUCCAACUCAUCCAGAAUUCUUCAUUACUAAUCUAUGCCAGGAACAAAAUUGUAUCGAACCCCUCUGUCCAGAAUGCAUCAAUGAACAUCUUGAGAUGCACUAAAAGAAAGGAAGAGUUCCCAAAUUGGAAAACAUUCAAAGAGUCAGAAAAGAUAACACUUAUAAGAUAGAUGAAAUAUCCAAAUCGCUGUAAUUUAAAUUAUUAGAUUGUAAGAAGUAUUUCUAAGAACAACCAUCUAUUAUUUAUAAUAAUAAUCUUGGGCAAUUGAGAUCAAUCCAUGAAUAAAUCUCAAAUAUCAUAGAUGAUUAUUUUGAAACAUUGUACAAAGAUUUAAAAGAUCAAAAUUAAGAAGAAUACUUAAAAUAGUUAAAUUAAAUAGAAUAAGAUAUCCAAUAGUAACAACAUAAACUUAGUAAAUUAUAAGAAGAUUUGCACAAUGAUAACUAUGUUAGGGCUGUCAUCUAAAUAUGUGAUGCCAAAUAAUAAUUAUUCUCUGACAAGAGUCUUAUUUCUUUAGAUAGAUUAAUCGAAAAUUAUCAGUAAUCUCAAAUUAAAAUAAUUUUUGAUAAAAACAAUAUUGAACUCUUUUAAACAUAUUGUAAAAAGAUGUGUUAUUUUAUCAAGAAUACCUAAUAACCAAGCAAUCAGUAAAUUAAUAAUCAUUCAAUCAACAAAAGUCUUAAAUUUGAUGAUAAAUCAAAUCAAUCUACAGUAAAAUUAACUCGUGUCUCUGAAAUACCACCUCCUCUGGUAAAUCCAAUAACAUUAAUCUCUGAAAGCCUUACAAAUGAUGAAGCAAAAUACCAGAUUAAUCAUUCAAAUCACUUUAAAGAUGAUGAAUAAUAAGUGCUUGUCAGAUUAGAGGAAGGCGGUUAUGCUGCCUAUAUCUAUGACAUAUAAUCAGAGCAAUAUAGGAUUGAAACUAUUAAUAGUACAACAAAGAUCCCCUUAUUUCACAGACUAUACACUACUUCUUCAGGUAAACAUUUAGUUAUCGGUGGAGUUGAUAGAGAUAAAUCGAGAUUCAAAGCUAUUGCGUCGGUUUAUGAGUUUAAUCAUACCACUUUAUAGUUAAGUUUACAUUCAGAAAUGGUCCUGCCGAGAUCAAUGACUUCUGCUUGUUAGGUUGGCAAUUUCCUAUUUGUUGUCGGUGGAUCAUCAACUAAUGAUGAAAAUACAUCUAUGGCUAAGGCUGAGAAACUAGAUUUAAACACAAAGAGAUGGUAAACAAUUGAGGAUCCUUACUUCAAAUGUAGUGGGUGUGCAUUGGUUGCAAUAGAUCACAAUACAUUGUUUAAGAUAGGUGGCAAAUGCGAUAUCUUUACUCCAUGCAACUCAAUCGAAUCAUAUGAUAUUCAGAAGAAUUCUUGGACUAAAGUAGAGUUCAAAUUCUUGUCUAAUGGAUAUUUGAGGUUGCCAUUUAAUAGUUGUGCCAUCAAGACUUCAUAUGAUCAGAUACUAAUUCUUGGCGGAUCAGUCCAUGAUGUUAAGAGUAAUGAAACAUAGGUAUUUGAUUUGAAUUAAUAAUAAGAUUCUCAAUUUGAAGACGAAGACACUGUAGAAGUCGAAAGAGUUGCCAAAUUCGAUUGA